AUGGCAACGGAAGAACCCUCCAAGUUUGCCCUCCACGAAGCAGCUCGAGACGGCAGAACUGUUAUUGUGGAAUCACUUUUGAAUGCCAACCCCAAGCUCGCCCAACGUGUCGACGACGACGGCCGUUUGCCCCUGCACUGGGCCGUCUCGUACGGAAAUCUCGAUAUAGUCAAAAUAUUGGCCGCUACCAAGGACUUUGAUCCGGAUGUGCAAGAUGGUUCAGGAUGGACACCGCUGAUGAUAGCUGUGAGCUUAAAAGAUGGAGAUGAGCUCGUGGAUCUGUUAUUGAGGAAAGAGGCGGAUGUAAAUGCAAAGAAUUUCAGCGGCCAAACAGCUCUCCACUUCGUCUCCUCCAAAAAGAAUAUCCCCAUCGCCAAGCGCCUGCUAGCUCACUCUCCACCAGCAUCCACCCGGGUGAAGGACAAGCGAGGCCAAUACGCCCUUCACCGCGCCGCGGCCGUAGGCUCGGUCCCCAUCGUCGAGCUGCUGCUCAAGAAUAAGAGCCCGCUGAACCCAGCCGACAUCGCGGGACAGACGCCGCUGCACCACGCUGUUGCUGAGGGCCAUGGCGACACGGCAGUAGCGCUCCUCAAAGCCGGUGCCGAGUUUGACAAGAAAGAUAACGAGGACUUCCUCCCUCUCGACCUCGCCCCGGACUCGCAGGUACGGAAGUACAUUCUGAAAGCGGCCGAGAUGGAAGGGAUCGAGAUUGCGGCGUAG